AUGGACUUUGGACCUUUCAUUGAGCCCGAGGACUCUCAUCCUUCGGAGGGCACAACCCCUCCACAGAGGGGUUCUUCUUUUGACGAGCACCAGAAAACCCGCAGCACCGCCUCGUCUGUGUCGUCUUUGACUUCGCCUCAGAUAAAACGCAAGUUAUCGGUGGACAUUCCCCGUUUGCCAGACGACGAUAACUUCGAGGUUAUCAACAACAGUUCGCUGCUUCGCACCUCCGCCAUGACGAUCCCGGAACUGCCCAAAUUGUCCGAGACAUCGACGCUUUCGUCGAGCGCCACCUCGUCGGCGGCCUCAAUUCCGCUUAGAAUCAAGAAAUCGCAGCCCGCAGACCCGGAAACAACGAAGACCGACGCCGUCUCGAUCAACUACUCGUCCAACGACGCCUUCUCGCAGCACGACGAACCCCUCGCCGUGGACGGAGACCCAGAGAUUCCACACACGAACGGAGACAGCCUUUCCACCCCUGUACAAACACCAGGCUCGACUUUCAUGUCCAGCAUCAAAAACCUGGCCUCGAUCUCCCAGCAGCAGCAGGAGGCAGAUAUGAGCACCGAUUCGGUCGCCACGCUAGCCACGCCCGUGCGCACAAGCUCGCAAAACGACGACGACCAGGGCCGGCUCGAACACACCGUCAAUGGCCAUACAGAAAUGCUUAGCUUCAGACGCACUUCUCGACGAGCAAAAAGCAGCAGCAUCUCUUCGUUACCGAAAACGCCUCUAACAGACGCUUCGAACGACAGUUUCGACCGGUCGCCGGCAGACUUCUCAAACAAGCUGUAUACGGAUGAGAAGUAUCUCGAUACACAGUAUCGGUACGCUUCGUUGACCAGGAAUGUUGAAUUCCACGAUUUGUUCAAAAAUGUGCCGGAAAACGACCGGUUGUUGGACGAUUUCAGCUGCGCCUUGAGUAGAGAGAUCUUGCUCCAAGGACGGCUGUAUGUCUCGGAACAUUACCUGUGUUUCAACUCGAACUUGCUGGGCUGGGUGACCAGUCUGAUGAUCUCUCAUGACGAGAUUGUGCAUUUCGAGCGCAAGUCCACGGCUGGUCUGUUUCCAAACGGGAUCGUCGUGGAGACCAAGGAUGGCAAACACACGUUUGCCAGUUUCAUCUCGAGAGACUCGACGCUAAACUUCCUCGAGACCAUCUGGUCCAAAUCUGUUGCGCUGAGCAAGUCCAAAAACGAGAAAUCGCGCAGCCUGGAUCUUAUUGAGAGCAAUAUCGCUGCCCCAGUGGGCAACCAGCUAUCCGAAGACGAUAUCUUCACCAUCGAUGAGAAUGGUCCAUUGAUGGACGGACAAUCCGAAAACGAGGUCGUCAUUACCCCGGUUUACAAGAACGGAGGCCCAGACGAACACACACCAACAGAGCACGACUACGAGCCUGAGGCCCAUGGCGAGUCAAUCAUACUGGAUAGAGUGUUUGACGGCCCAAUGGGUUUGGUGUUUGACGUUCUGUUUGGAGAGAAAACCACGUUCCACAGACAUAUCAUGGAGCUUUCCGAUGGCUACAACUUCAGCGAGUAUGGGCCAUUCGACACAGGCGACGAGGAGAGCUCGAGACCAACGAGAGAGUUUGUUUACGAGAAACGGCUGAACAACUCGAUUGGUCCCAAGUCUGCCAAAGUGGAGACUUCAGAGACGAUUGAACAUAAAGAUUUCAACGAGUAUGUGGAGGUGACCACCAAGGCCAGCACGCCAAACGUUCCAAGCGGGACCGCGUUCCACGUUUUCACCCGGUACCUGUUCACAUGGGCAGAGAACAGCCAGACGCAUCUGGUGAUCAGCUACAAGAUCGUAUGGACCGGGUCGAGCUGGAUCAAGGGAGUCAUCGAGAAGAGCACGCGGACAGGGCAGCAGAAGUCAGCCGAUUUGAUUGGCGACGAGAUGGAGGAGCUGCUGCCGACGAUCAAGACGGGCAAGCCCGAGGAGCUGAAGAAUGAGCUCGAGGAAAAGACCGAGGUUGUUGCGGAACCGGCGCCAACCCCAUCGGCCAACUACAUGCUGAUGCUCGAACGGAUCUCGGGCAACUGGCUGGGGAUACUUGUGUUUGCGAUUUUGCAUCGAGCUGAACACGCAACUGCUGAAGAAACUGUCCGGGGAAUGAGAUAUUUACAGGGCAUGCACUUUGCGGAGCUCGUUAUGGACAAGCUAAGCUCCCGGGACGAACCCGAUGUUGUCGGGGUUUGGCGAAGGCUGUUUGUUUUCGAUAAUUUCGCAGUUGUCGAUGCAAUGGACGGCUAUUUUGUCGUUUGCGUCGUUGAGCUCGAAAACAAAAAUCCCCGAGACCACACGCUCGAUGGAGUUGUCGCUCAGCUUGGUAAGGUUGGGCACCGGGCUGUUAAGGUGGAGGAAGUUGAUGUUGUCGAGGUUGAACGCUCCAAGCUGGGCGCUGGUGGUCUUGUUGUCGCGGAGAUGCAGACACCCGUUGAGACAGGUUCGCCAUUUGACGGUGAUUUUGGUGGUGUACGGAGAGGUUUGCUGGGAGCUGUCGACGUUGAGCAGGUUGUUCUGGAUGGACAGGUUGAUCAUGUCGUUGCUGGAGAGCGAUCCUGUUGGUUCUUCGAUGUUUAUGUGGGUGAUAUGUAG